GCCUGCACAUCGGCACGUCCCUCAGACCUUAUUCAUUCUUUGCCGGUAGCGGAACCUCUUGCUGUCUAUCUCAGUUACCAGACUUCUCUUCAAAGCUAGACACUUCGCAUUUUUACCAACGAAAAAUAAAGAAACAAUCUGCAACACUCUGUCCUUCACACAUUUACAGAGUGAAAAGACAUUUGUAGCCGGAUAACCGAAAUACAUCCUCCUGCGACACCAGAUCAGCUUAGUCGCUCUGUGGCGUGUUCAACUGAGAAUACUUGCGUUGUAUUACUCUUGAAAAACCCCAAAAUGAAAACCAAAUUCAUCAACGGGGUUUCUUCUUCCCCCUCCAUGUCGCUGGGGCUGCUGGUGACCGAGAACGCCCUGCAGGUUCAGCCCGACACCGAGGAGGAAUGCAAUGCAUUGGACCAGCCCGAUCUGGACACCCAGUGCAAGGCUUAUCUGUGGUGCAGAGAGUUCCUCCAUGGAGCCUGGAAAAGCCUGGCUGAGGAAGAUUUCCACAUCACCAUAAUACGGGGUGGUCUGAGCAACAAGCUCUUCCUGUGCAGCCUCCCUGACAGCCAGGAGACUGUUGGGGACGAGCCCAGGAGCGUCCUGCUGCGCCUCUAUGGGGCCAUCCUGCAGGGGGCGGAGGCCAUGGUGUUGGAGAGUGUGAUGUUUGCUAUCUUGGCGGAGAGGGAGCUGGGACCUAAACUCUAUGGUAUUUUCCCUCAGGGCCGGCUGGAGCAGUAUGUCCCUAGUCGUAAACUGGACACCUGUGAGUUGAGCGACCCCAGCAUCUCAGCGGAGGUUGCAGAGAAGAUGGCCAAGUUUCAUGUAAUGAGGAUGCCCUUCAACAAGGAACCCAAGUGGCUGUUUGGAACCAUGGACAAGUACCUGAGCCAAGUCAUGAGGCUGAACUUCACCAGAGAGUCCCACCUGCGGCGCUUCAACCGCCUGCGCAGCUACAACCUGCUACAGGAGAUGGAUAUGCUCAAGUCUCUGCUGGAGUCCACCCACUAUCCUGUAGUGUUCUGCCACAACGACUGUCAAGAAGGAAACAUCCUGCUGCUGAAGGGCCACAAACAGAAGCUGAUGCUCAUUGACUUUGAGUAUAGCAGCUACAAUUACAGGGGAUUUGAUAUUGGCAACCAUUUCUGUGAAUGGAUGUACGACUACAACUGUGAGGAGUUUCCUUUCUUCAAAGUUAAUGCUCAUGCCUACCCUUCAAAGGCCCAGCAGCUGCACUUCAUUGAAAGCUACCUGCGUGAGUCUGAUGGAGGGUUUGACAACCUGAGUGAAGAGGACCAAAUGAAGCUGAAGGAGGAGCUGCACGUGGAGGUCAACAGGUUCUCCCUGGCAUCCCACUUUUUUUGGGGCUUGUGGUCCAUCAUCCAGGCCCGGCUCUCUACCAUCAAGUUUGGAUACAUGGAGUACGCCCAGGCCAGAUUUGAUGCCUACUUCCAGCAGAAGAAGAUCUGGGCUAAUGGAGCGAAAUGAUUGGAUGGACUGACAACACGUUUAGCCAAUCGGCAGGAAGAGAACAUGCAGGCUGAUAAAGACUCCACCAUCCGCGCUUUACCUAUACUCCCCGACUUGUGAGGAAUUGCUGGCUGGCUGCUGUUGGUGUUGUGUUGACCAAAGCCAAAACGUGCUUAAGGUACACCCCAAAAUCCAUUGCAGCUCAAAGUUUACACUGUGUAACUCCCUGAGAGCCAAAAAAAAAAAAAAAACACUGACUUGUACUAACCUUCAUCACUGGUCAGAUCUGCUCUCUGCUUCUGCCUUGUUCGAACCAUAUCACUAACACGAGGGUUAUGUUUUGAGCAGCAGAGAGGUGGUAACAGCUAGAUUUGAAAUGUUAACAUUGCAUCAAUGUAUAUGUAUUGAUCGUUCCCUUAUGGAAAUGUUCUGUUGGAAAUAACCAAAAUGUGAACUUGGCUUGGUAGAUUCCCGCUUACUAGAGCAGCCGGUUGCUAACUAUGUAUAUUAUAUAUAGAACCCAAUGUGCCAGUACCCUGGUCCGGUUUGUUACUGAUGGACUGACUUGUUGGCUGGUGGAAUCAUGACUUGAUCGACAGGUCAGACUGAUGUCUACAUUUCUAGAUAUUACACUUGCUGUUUGUUUGAUUUUCUUUUUUUAAAUGGUUGUAUUUGACAUUUUCUUCAGGCAUGGCCAGGGCAAAUACAGUAAUGUGGUAUUUCCAAUUAUGUGAAUAGAUGAGAUUCCUUUUUCUGGGCGGCUGGUUAUACUCCUCAAAGACAUCAACCAUCAGGUAUUUCCAUUAUAAUUAGGUCUGUUUAUUUGUGGCUUCCUUGCUAGUAAUUACACUGAUUAGCUGUGACCUUUUUCAACCGGUUCAAGUUUGGAAGGUUAAUGGUAUUAUUAUGAAACUGACAAGUAGAUCCACAGCUCUGUGUAGUUUACACAUUGGGUAUUAACAUCUGCGUUGUCUGAUUUAGAGAAAAGACAUUCCAGCCAUGCUUUAUAAGCCUGGGAAAGUGUUGCUAAACACUAGGGAGCUAACUGACCAUAUUCUUUGCUUUUUUACUUUUAUAUAUGUUCAGUGCAUUGAAGAAAACAUCACACAGUACACAUGAAGAUGGUUCCUUGUUGUGGUAAUGGAUUAUUUGGCGAUGUCGCUGGUUUAUUGACACCUACUCCCAAAUUGCCUCAUCAUCGUACCCAUUAUCCAGAAUAAUGACACAGGCGGUCACAUCAUACUGCACAGCUGAAUUUUGCAUAGAUGACUUGUUUAGUUAAGUUGUAGCUGGACAGUAACUCUGUUAAAGGGGCAUCUAGUAAAUAUGGCUUUUAGAUGGUCAGAUGAAAAACUGUGACCAACGUGUUCUGUUGUCUCUGAUCCAAACAUCCUGAGACUAGCUCAAUUCUACCUCACCCCUUCAAGUCAUUAUAUGUGCACCAACUCUGCUAUGUCCACAGAUAGACAGAUUCAUCAUCUGCUGCUAACAUCCUUCACUCUGCCUUUAAACCACACCUUUAUAUCUUGAAUUUUAGUUUUCUUGGCACCUCUCGGUGAAAAAACUACUUUUGUCUUGAUUAGUAUUCCUCUUUCCACUCUAACUAGGAUCAGUACAAGCUAGCUUCUCAUCUCACCACAUCAGUAGCAUUUCCUAUUAGACUUAAUUAGAAAUGCUAACUGGCAGAAAAGCGUUCCAUGCUAGAAACUGUUUUCUAGCGUAUCACAUAUUGGAAGGGUGCUGUACCCAGUGAAGAAGAACACACUAAAAAUGGCCUUUUGCUCAGCCCACGCCUUUAGUUAAAGUUGCUAAUCAAGCUUUCCAUUCUCACACGGCACAUAUGCAGUUUAAAAUUAAAACGGUAGAUUUACCACCCAAGAUUUGUAGUACUGAUGUCAGAAAGUGGUAGACAAAGCAGUCACUAGCCAGAGUCCAUCAAAUCUGACGACUGUAAUGACGACUGUCGCUCGCAGAUUAUCAGUUACGGCUAGCUAGCUAGCUAGCUAAUUAAGCUAAUGUAACCUCCAUGAGUUUGUUGAAACUGCUGUCGCUAGCUGACUUUUAAUUGCUUACAGCUAACUCGUUUUAGUUUAAGAACACCUACAAAGGAGUUAAAUAUGACAGAUAUUAGAUAUUGACAGCUACAUAAAUUAUAUAAUUAUCCUCACCAGUUCAUGUAUAACACAUAGAAAUAAAGAAGCAGCAUUAUUCGAGCCAGUUAGUCCUUGUAUUCUAAGAAUGAUGAGGAAAAAUACAGUAUCUGUUUUUCAUUCUAACAUUAUGUGUUUUGCUGCUUCGUUUUAAGUUACAUACUUGUUAGUAUUUUCAAACGGCCAGUUUUAACUCUUACAAAAGAAUACGUUCUUAUGAUAUGUUUGGCAAAAAUAAAGCUUCAUUGAGUAAUGUUGCUGGAGUGGGAGUUAAGUGUAAACUUUCCCAACGUUAGCCUGAACUCUGAUAGCGUCCACGACCAGCUUCCAUCCACUGGGAAGAUACCACACAGUCCAUGUAGCCUACUAGUUGUGAGCAUGCUCUUAUUUCUGGUUUUGAAAAGACUAACAUAUAUGACAUCAUUCUCCAAACUCUUUAAAUGAUGAGCAUCACUCUUACUUUACCCCACGUGGAGAAAUCCAUAGCUGGACAGGCCUGCUAUAGUUACAGGCGCUAAGCCAUGAUUGGACAAUCACUGUUUGGGACAGGGGUUUAGCGAAAGUCUAUUGAAAAGCUGAAAAUCAGCUGAAAACACUUUAGUGGAUACUUGUUUAUCGCUAAUUGUAUGAUUGAAAAAUGAGCGCUGUACAACCGGCUGACAUGCAUCUCCAUGUUUGGUUGUAGCAUCAUGUAUGCAUCAGGGUAUAUUCCCCGCCUACCUGUGAGCACUGGGACGUAGUGUGGAAGCCACCGAAUGACUCGUGGAGUGUACAUCUACAGUGUACACAGAGCUGAGGGAACUGAGCUGGAUCAUGUAUACUAGUCACCUAAAACUGUAACAAUCCAGAGGUGUUUGAAUGUCACUUUUGAUCUUAGAACCUGAGAAAUAUAUAUAUAUAUAUAUAUA